CAACAUGCUGACGAUGUGUGCCGUGUGUUUCGUAAGCUCGCUGAAGCCGGUCUGACAGUAAGCGGAGCAAAGACAUUCAUUGGUAUGCAGCAGGUUGAGGUUCUGGGAUAUCUGUGCACACCAGAGGGUCGAUUACCCACUGGUGACCAUGUUGCUGCAAUACGUGACUGGUUGCCACCCAAGGAUGUCCAAGGCGUCCGCCGAUUCAUUGCUACU